AUGGUGGAAUUAACAAAUGUAAAAGAGACAAAAGAAAUAGAUGAAAGUGAGAUGGAGAAAAGGGUGGAGGGAUUAUCGGAGCAAAUGAAGAAUCAGCAAGAGUAUGGAAUUAGGAAUAAAAAAGCAGAAUAUAAGAAGUUGCAAAAUAAGUUAAAAAAACAGAGGAACAAAGAAAAUCGUAAAAGAAGAAGAGCUGGACUAGAAGAAGAGAAUAAGCAAGUGGUCUUAAAUAACAAAGAUAUGAAGGAACAACUGAAUCAAAAAGAGGAUAGAGAAAGCACAGAUGAGGAGGUAAUUUAUGAGAUCCAGGAAAAUGAAGAAUUGAGGAAAAUGUUUGGUGAAGCUUGCAAAUUUUUGGUUGGUUUAGAUUACCAAAAUACUCUAGAAAAAGAUCAAAGCAAUGACAAAAGUCAAAACAUACAAGGAGAAAGAAGUAAAGGUAAACAAGAGAUAGAAAGCUGUGAGAAAGUUGUAGAAAAUAAUAACGAAACUGACAAAAACAAAAGAGCAGAAAUAAUUGAUAGUAUUAAUAAUUAUGAGGGUGUGAGUAUGAAAUUAAUAAUGGAAGAGGAAGAAGAAGAAGAGGAAGAAAGAGAGGAAAAAGAGAGAAAAAGGAGACGUGAGUUCUUACAGGAAAUGAAAAAUAGGAACAACGGAGUAGUUGGUAAGAUGACUGUUAAGGAGCUAAAAGAGAGAACAAACCACCCAGAAUUAGUUGAAAUUUGGGAUACAACAGCUGAAGAUCCGGAAUUCCUCGUUUAUUUAAAAGGUUGUCAAGGAUCAGUAAAAAUUCCUCAACAUUGGAAUUCUAAAAGGAGGUAUCUUCAAGGAAAAAAAGGGUUAGAAAGACCUCCAUAUCAACUUCCACACUUUAUAGAAGAAACAAAAAUAGCGGAAAUCAGAGCUUUAAUUUUGGAAGAAGAAAGUAAGAUGACAAUGAAACAAAAACAAAGGAGAAAGAUACGCCCAAAACUUAAUAGGAUGGAUAUUGAUUAUCAAGUUUUACAUGAUGCUUUUUUUAUACACUCAACUAAACCACAUCUGACUCAAUUUGGUGACUUAUACUAUGAGGGAAAAGAAUUUGAAUUCAAAUUUAAAAAUAUACGUCCUGGUCGUCUUUCCCAACGUCUUAAAGAUGCUCUUGGAAUGCAACCAAACUGGCCUCCACCUUGGUUGAUUAGAAUGCAAAAGUAUGGUCCUCCUCCAUCAUAUCCUUAUUUAAGAGUACCUGGAGUAAAUUCUCAAAUACCUAACGGUUGUGAAUUCGGUUUUAGACCAGGUGAGUGGGGAAAGCCUCCACUUGAUGAUCAUGGAAACCCUAUUUGGGGUUUAUUGCCCCCUAUUGAAGAUGAUGAUAUUAAUUAUUCUAAAAACCCAAAGAUUACAAAUAACUCUAAGAGUAACUUAUACUCUUCUUUUGAUUAUUGGGGAGAAAUAGAAUACAACCAUUUUGAUGAUCUGGAAGAUUCUGAAGACCAAGAUCAUGAUGAACACAAAGAGAAACAAAAUCAUACUAGUAACAUUAUUACUAACAACACGAAAAACCCCAAUUACACAAAUAGUAAUAAUAACGACAACGUUACUAUAUGUUCCAGUAAUCUUUUAACAGGAGGUAAUAAUAACAAUUUGUACUUGGUGGAAAAUCCACAAGACAAUAAAAACAGUAAUCAAAAUAAUCCAUCUAUUUCUGUCAAUACUAAUCCUUUCUUGUUCAAUUACAACCAAAUUAGUAGUAAUCAAGACAACAAAAAUAAGGCUGGCCAACAGCCAUUAUAUACGGUACUUGAAAGAAAGGAUUUAAAAAUGGAUGAUAAUUCAAUUUUCCCAUCUACAUAUAUAUAUAACCAUAAAUAG